CAUCUUGAAAGUUGCUCUUUCUCUCUCUCUCACACACAUUUUUGCUCAAAUACCAUCCAUUCUGCUUUUGCCUAGCUUACUAUACAGGUUGUAUGGGCAUUCAUAUGGAGAGCAUUCUUGGAAUAAGUGUAGAGAAAGUGAAGAGGAAGUGUACAGUUGGUCAGUUCAUUGAAAAGAUGGCGUGCUGUGAUGUGAGCCACAUUGGCACAGUGACUAGUGUCUCAGUAUGCACAAUGUACAUGUGGCCUUGAUCAAAUUUCCAUAAUGGGACACUGUCACGAGGUCUGAUGCAAGGUCUUACAACUAAUAACUAAUGCAUACUUUAUGUUGUCAUUAUUAACAUUGUGCAAAUCAGUGAAAAUGUAUAGGUAGUGUGACAUUUUUUCCCCUCAGAUUUACGUAUAUUCUCGCAUGGUUGUAAUUACUGCCACAGUUGUUAUAAUUGAUUGUUUUGGAGGAAUACAUUAGUAUGAAGCUCAUUUCAAGGCGAAAGGUAAUCGAUCAAUAAUAUAUAAAAGUAAGGCAUAUACUGUACAUUUUAAACAUGUUUGUCUGAGUAGGCUAUGUCGUAUUUUGAUGGUUAAAAUUCUUUCAGGCAUCCCGUGAGAAACCCAUUCGCAGCCAAUCAUUUCCUUAGGAUUAGCUGGCAGUACAAUUACCCCCACCUUACACGACACGUGCCAGAGCAAGAUUUGCAGGCAUAUAAAUGCGCUUCAUACAUCCCUGCAAAUUAUAAGAAAACCAAAAUGCUUGACUCACUGACGAUAGUUUUUGAGAAGCUAUUCCUUCUAUCCAAUUUCAACUUAUUUAGAAACUUAUGGCCGGAGGAGGAAGAGAAAGGUUGCUGCACUUCCCCCACCCUCAAGCGGGGGGACUUGUUGGAGGUGCAGCGCACUCUUUUCAUCCAUUGCGGUAUCUACCUGGGUGACAACAAAGUUGCGCAUCUCAUGCCUGACAUUAUGCCCAUACUCACCAUGAACGAGAAGAAAAUAAAGAAAGUCGUGACGAAUAACAGACUAAUCCUGGGUUGUAUCUACAAGAAAGCAACCAUACGCGUCGACACAGUGGAAGAUUUCGCGUACGGCGCAAGUAUUCUUGUCAACACCAUGGACAGCAAAGUGAAAAUGCAGGCACUGAGUCAAGACGAAGUCGCACGGAGAGCCGAAAAAUUGGUGGGAGAUAUUCUCUACAGCCUGCUCUGGAAUAAUUGUGAACACUUUGCAACGUAUUGCAGAUACGGCUCACCCGUUAGUCAGCAAACAGAUAAGUUUUGUGAAACUCUGAAAACAAUCGUCCGUGACCAGAGGAGUGUCCUGCUGGCCAUCUUGCUAGGAACAUUGUCCAUUGUUUGCUUUGGCCUGACACCUUCAACAACAUUGCCAACAAUACUUAUUCCUUUCACACUGUGGAUGGCAGGCUGAUGGACAUGGACGUCCAUAAGGACCCCACACAUGAACACUUUUACUAGGGUGUCCACUGAAGUACUGAAGUGGCUGAAUUGUACCACAACACAUGAUUUACACCUGGGUUCAAUUCCAGAUAUUGUAUUAUCCCAGAGAGGUUAUAUGAACAUAGUAAAUUGUAUUUCUUAAAGCCAGUCCUUUAGCCUGUUAAUUUUGCACAUGCAAGCUUUGGAUCUUUGAGCAAUUUGUUAUCACUGUAUUGUAGUUAUGAAUACAUUUGUUUAAGAAUGUUUAAGAAUGCUUAGGCUGAUUGAGACUAUAGUAAGAAUGUACAAAGCUGUAUAAUCACGAUGCCUUAUUUUAAAUUGAUAGGUAUAUGUCUGGUUCCAUUCUAUGUUCAUUCUUUUUUUAUGACCUUUCCCUAAUAAUUGGACAAGACCAAAUGGCUAUUAUGCUUACUGCUGUCACAUGCAUGCCUGUCAAUAACAUCCUGCAUCUGGGCCAUCAAAGUUAUAUUUGUUUCGAACAUAGCUGAUUUCCAGCUGCCCUUGUCAUGCAGGUGAAGUGCCUGAAUGACCGGAACACAUGCAUGUGUACACAGUUCUCAGUGAAAUCCUCUUUGGCACUGCUGAAAAUGGAUGUCUAAACAAAGUGCAAUUGUAGCCUGUAGUCUUUGUAUUCCGGUAUAUGUAGAUACUCUAUUUUUUUACUGAAUGAGAGAAUGGAAUUGACUUGAAAAUGAAAGAUAUUUCGAUAUAUUCUAAUAAAGGAAUAACAAUAA